UUCAAUUGUGGACAUAAAGAAUGGGCAAAUGGCAGCAACUUCGAUAGAAGAACGAAGCCUGCCAACCCAACUGCAACGCACAAUGGACACUAGCGGUAGCUUAAACCCAUAGCCAUAAGCCCUUAACCCUUCCAUUUCAGUUCAAGAACCCUUCUUUUGCGUCCUCUCUACUUAACCCAAUUCAAGAAGAGGCAUUUCCAUUCUGCUCUUCCUUCUACCAACGCGUCUCUCCUCUCAAUGUUCUUUAUGUAUGACUCCAUCUUUACAUCUGAAUAUGUAUAUUUGUAUGUUUGGUAUUUUUGUGGGUUUUUUUUUCUUGUUUUUUCUUGUGGUUGUAGCUGAAAGAGGAGAUGGAAAUUCUUUGCCACAUGGAAUGGAUGAGGCUGUUAUUGAAGUCCCGCGAAAUAAGCUUCUUCGAGUGGUAUUAGUGUCUCCUCAGACUACCUCAAUAUGUCACCUUGCUCCGAGAAAUAUUUAUUUUGUCCUUGGCAGAUACCAGGAAUCCCAGGUUGCAUUGACAGAACACGUGCAGCAUCGGCUGUUGCGCUAUGCCUACUUGGGAUACGUGGUUGUGAAAGUUCAAGACUCUUGGGCAGAGUUACUAGACUACUUCAGGCAACAGGAAGGUGAUAAGCGUUUGUUAGCAUUUACUAAAAGAGGAACAACAACUCAUUCGGUAUUGUUUUCCAUGCUUUUGAUCUCUUCCUGGUGUUAGAGAUUCCAUCCUCAUGAAAUUGUUUGUGUUGCUGAUUACCAAUGAAUCUCAUUGUAUCACAAUCUGUGAUACUCCCACAAUUUUAUAUCUUGUUGGAUUUAAACCAGCAAAUUAACCUACAUCUCUUGAAGUAAACAUUCUACAACUUGUGUCCGAUCGAAUUUGCAGGGAUUCUCCUAUAUAUAGAAGAGGUUAUUACCUCAUUUUUCCUCAGAAACAAGUGGCCUACCACCUGAAGCCUUGCCUGAUUGUAAAAGCGAAACCUUUGGCAGUCGAAACAUUUGGAUUCCAAUGGUUGAAAAUGUCUGGAUCUCUCUGUUAGUGUUGGAAUUGCUUUGUAUGAGGCUUCAAUACAACUAGCUAUAAACCACCUUAAGUUCCCUUCUGAAAUCAUGUUCAUUAACAAGUAAUCAUUUAUAACUGAGGAUAUAUUUGCUUGAUUCUAUUGUAUAAUUGUUUUGUGCUCAAACCUGUAACUGCAGGAAUAGAAUUUUUUUUGGGGUGAUGUAAGAGGCAUUUUUUUUUAAUGUACACAAUUUGUCCUGCCGAGGACUCAAACUAAAGAUCUCACACCUGUAGAGACAAAUUCAGUACCACUAAGUUAAGGUUUAUUGCCUGUUGAUAUAAAA